AUGAAACCUGUUGAAGUUGUUAGUAAAAAUAUUAAAAUAUUAAAACAAACUGUAUUUGAAAGUUUAACUCAUUGUCAUGUUAAAAUCAAAUUUAAAUUAAAUCAACAUGUAAGGAUAAGUAACCAUAAGCAUGUCUUUGACAAAGAAUAUAAACCAAAUUGGACAAACGAAAUAUUCACAAUUACUAAAAUUAAUAAAACAUCACCUGUAAUGUAUAAGCUUAAAGAUUAUCAAGAGAAUCCAAUACAAGGAAGCUUUUAUAAUGAAGAGCUACAAAAAGUUCGACAUUCCGACAUUGAUUUAAUUAAAAAAGUUCUAAAAAGACGUGGGAAUAAGAUGUAUGUAAAAUAUCUUGGAUUUGACAAUAGUUAUAAUCAAUGGAUAGAUAAUCAAUAA